AUGGAUCCACGCGGCCCUGUUGGCCCCGCUGCAGCGGGUCCCAUGCGUCCCGGCUUUCCCCCCCAGCAAAUGAUGCGGCCUCAAGGCGUUCCGCCUCAAGGCGCAUUCCCCGCGGGACCGCGUGGCCCGGCCGGCCCACCGCUCGGCGGCCCGAAUAUGGGACCAGGUGUUCCUCCGAUGGGACCGGGUGGUGUUCCGAUGAAUCAGCCGAGAGGUCCCGGAGGUGUUCCGAUGAAUCAGCCGAGAGGCCCCGGCGGUCCACCUCCACCUGGUGUCCGCGGGCCCAUGCCCGGCGGCAUGAUGCCACCGCAAGGUCCUCCGGGCGCAGCGCCUCCCCCAGGUGCUCGUCCAGGCAUGCCGCCCCCAACAGGAAUGCCUAUGCGCCCUGACGACAGAUUCCGCAUGUCGCCGCCAGCUCCAGGGGCACCUGCGGGGAUGCCCGGAACCGGAAUGCCCCCACAAGGACUCCCUAGGGUUCCGGCGGGCCAGCUUGGCGGCGGCACGGGCGGAAUGCCGGCUGCUCCUGAAGCCAGGCACCCAGUGCCCGACCUCAAGAGCCAGCGCGGCGCGAACCAGAAAGACCUCACUUCGCGUCGGUCUCGGGAUGUGAGAAAACUGGAAGACGACGAACGCUCCGAUCAACAGUUUGGAGAGGAAGUCGCAAACAAAGGCCUACAGACGUUUUCACGCCUUGUUGUUCUGAACGAUGUCGGCGAUCUCGGUGCCUGGAACGGGUACACCUGGAAAUCAAAGCGGCCACCCUCCGAGUUCUUUAUCAAGAUCACCCAUGAUUCUGACGGUCGCCUCUGGGCCAUCACGGAGAACUACGAAGUUGGCAAGUUGACUGCGAACGGUUUCAAGACCCUCGGCCACAUCGGCCACGAAGACGUUGUCGACAUCACCUUUGACCCCAAAGACAACAGCAUGUGGGCAAUCAAUCGCGUGGGCGAGCUGCUGCACUGGGUCGGCUACACCUGGGACAAGAAGUACCAUGUUGGCUUCCACAAGCUGAAGGCUCUGGCUUUUGACAGGAAGGGAAAUCUUUGGGUCAUCAACACAGCAGGUGAAAUUGCCAUGUGGGACGAGGACCAGCAACAGUGGGAUCUUAAGGAAGUGCCAGGCGCUGCGCGGUUGCACACGCUCGCGUUCGAUGAGAACAACAAAAUGUGGGUCGUGGGCAACCACAGCGAGCUGAUGCUGUUGGCUGGCAAUCGUUGGGUUGUCUAUGGCUGGGUAGGCUGCUGGAAGUUCAAGGAUAUCGCCUUCCGCUGGAGCAAAGCGGCGAUUGAAAAUCUCCGAUCAACCCGAGCUACCGGGACAGUGUUUCGCUCUUCGAAUUCCAACGCCCUUCCUGGCGUGCUCUCGCAACCCCAACUUGCGUAG